GAUUUUCAUUGGCUAAUUUUGAAAGUAUAUUGAUUGCCAGGCCUUUCUUCCUAGUCUGUCUUAGUCUGGAAGCUCCUCUGAAACCUGUCCACCAUGGGUGACCUGGCUAGUGUUUGAAUUACCGGUGAUGUAGCUUCCAGUAUCAUACCAACACACAAGCCACCACAGUACGAGAAACUGACAGACUUAUAUAGCCAUGGUAAAAUGAUCAAAACCAGGAAAUUAACACUGAUACAAUACUAGUAACUAAUGUGCAGUUUCUAGUUAGUUGUCACAUCUCCCAAGUCUCCUCCAAUCUGUGAUAGUUCCUCAGUCUUUGUUUUCCAUGACCUUGAUGGUUUUGAAGAGUAGUGAGCAAUUAUUUUGUAGAAUGUCCCUCAGUUUGGGUUUGUCUGAUGUUUUCUCAUGAUUAAAGUGAGGUUAUGCAUUUUGGGCAAGAAUGCCCCAGAAGUGAUGCUGUGCCUUUCUCAGCACAACGUACCACAAGGUAUGUGAUGCCAGCAUGUCCUGUUACCUGUGAUGUUAAUCUUGACUUGGUUAAGGGUUUCUCCACUGUAAAAUUGCUAUCUUUCCCUUUUUAACAAAUAAGUAUCUUAUGGGGAGAUACUUUGACACUAUGCAAGUAUCCUAUUUUUCAUCACAUUUUGCCUUCUAAUUUUAGCAUCCACAGAUGGUUCUUUCUUGCAGCAGUAUUUCUGUAGUGUUGCCUAAUUGUUGUUUCCUAUUGCUCUCAUUUCUUUUACAUUUGUUAGUUAGAAUUCUUCUAUAAUGAAGAGUUGUCUUUUCUCACCAAUUUAUUUAUUAAUUCAAUUAUUUAUAACAGAAUGGACUAAUGGAUAUUUAUUUUAUUCGAUGGGUUACAAUCCAAUACUAAUUAAUUUUGUUGUUCAGAUUGUUCCAGCUUUGAUCAUGGCGAGCUUCUUCAAGAUGGCUUCUAUGUCCUUUAGACUUGCAUCAACCUUUUUUUUUUUUGAGCACUUUACUUUCUGCACCACAAGGUGUUUUAUGCUCAUCUAGUAUUUUUUCUGUCCUAGCCUUGGAAUCAACCAUUUAUGUAGGGAGCUCUGGAUUCCUUUAUUGGAGAAUGGUAAAAAUGCAGAUUUUGAGCCCUGUCCCAUGACAUUUUGAUUUGAGUAGCUCUGAAUGGUCUUCUGUAUUGGGUAGGGAUUCUACUGGAUACUUUCUAAGAUAGCCUUCAAUUCUGCAAAGCUGUAAGACUUUGUUCAUUCUGUUCAUAACCUUGGAGAUUUUUUAGAAAUUUCUGUGCUAUAUCUGCUCCUUUUCCCUGUUGCUCCCCAUUUAAACAUGCAUAAUUGUUUUUAGUCACCUUUUAAGUCUCAGGUUAAAUGUCACCCCUUUAGAAAGUUCCAUUCUAAUACUAUAUCUAAAGUUAGCUUCCCUAUCUAAUUAUUUCCUUCUUAACAUUUAUCAGAAUGUGUAAUUCUUUUGCUUAUUCAUCUAUUUUUUUGUUUUUAUGCCCCACUGGAAUAGCAGCUACAUGAAUAUAGGGUUACAUCUAUCUUGGUUGUAACUGUUUUACCAACUCAAUGCCUGGUAUGUGGUAGUUACUCAAGCUUUUGUUAAAUGAAUGAUUAAAAUUAUUAAAAUCUUACUCGAUAAGUCAUAAAUAGAUUUUGAAUGUAUAUGGGCCCAGUAACUGUAAUGCAGUAUAUUAGGCACUUGCCAGGUGUUGGGAAUACAAAGGUGAAUAAGACAUAAUUCUUGCCUUUAGAGUAUUUUUUGUCUGAAACUAAGCCCAUUAGGCUUUUCUGAUUAAAAACAAAACAAAACAAAGUCUUUACUUUUAGAUACUUUUAGGAUCCCUUUUUCUUUUCUUUCUUCUUUUAAAUUGUUUAUCAUCACACUGUCAGUACUACAGUCUGGUACAGAAGUUGUUUAUACCAACAGGUUAUAUGAUUUUGCUCUAGUUCCCUAAUUUUACAAUUUAAAUUCCUUUACAAGCUUUGGGUGAAUGACAUUUAGCCCUAGAAAUAUAUUCAUAUCAUAUAUAUUGAUUUAAAUGGAAAAUAUCCUAUUAAUUUAUCAGUAAUUAGUAUAGGCCCUAUAUCCUCAAUCUCUAACAAGUGGAUAUGUAAAGUAUUCCUAAGGUACAUUUGUAUCCUUUAAAAAUGAUAACACUUUUCUCUGUUUUCCCCACAAAAGAUCAGUGGAGAAAAGUUUUUCCCAGGGAAUCAGGCUCUGACAUUGACUAUGGUAUACAAGUUUUGGGGGAUUUAGUUUGCUAAUCUAAAAUUUCUGUUUUGCCUGAGUCUUUAUAACUGUUGAUGAAAGGACUAUAUCACUGCCAUUGAUUAUAAAAUGCAAAAUACAUUUGAGGAGCUUGUUUUAUAUUUACUAAUAUUCUUAUUUCUUGGAUGCUUGACUUGAAGGGCUAAGUGGGAGAAAGAUGCAGCAAAAGCCUUUUCCUCCUGUUGUGCCAUUUCUAAGGAGCCCGGGUGUGCAGUGGUUAAGCGUUUGGCUACUAACGGAAAGGUUGGCAGUUCGAACCCACCAGCUGCUUUGCAGCAGAAAGAUGUGGCAGUUUGCUUCUGUAAAGAUUUACAGCCUUGGAAACCCUAUGGGACAAUUCUGUUCUGUCCUAUAAGGUCGCUAUGAUUUGGAAUUGACAGCAGUGGAUUUUUGAUUUUGUGACACAUCUGAUGUACUUUAUAGUUUUGCAACGAUAUUUAAUGAUAUGAAUUUUUAAUACUUCUUGCAAAAUUAUAGUACUGUUUUAUUUCUGGUAGUGACUUAAACUAAAAAAAUUAACAUGUAAUGUAAUUAUAGUUACACUUAAUUGAUUUUGCAUAGGCUGUGCAACAAGUUAUUACUAACCUACUAAUUGGGAAGAUAGAGCUUCGUUCCGAAGAUUCUCCAGAUGUUUUACCAUACUCUUAUGAAAGACGAGUUGAAAAGGUUGUUGUUCCACUUGGUGAAGAACUUGCAGCAAUCCAGAAGGCGUAUAUCCAGUUUAAAUUUGCAGAUUUUGGAAGCAUUUGCCACUUCUUUGAUUCAAAGGAAUGUUUUGAUGAGACGGGAUAUCCCCAACCUUACAAAAUACCAGCUAAUUCUGGCAAGAGAUCAAUUUAGGAAAAACCCAUCUCCAAAUAUUGUGGGACUACAACAAGGCAUAAUCGAGGGAGAAUUUGCUAUUUGUAUUAGUUUAUUUCAUGGUUAUGAAUUAUUGCAGCAAAUGGGAAUGAGAUCAUUAUAUUUAUUCCUUUGUGGAAUUAUGGAUGGAACUAAAGGAAUGACUCGGACAAAAAAUGAACUUGUCCGAAAUGAAGACUUCAUGAAACUCUAUAAUCACCUAGAGUGCAUGUUUGCAGAUACAUGUAGUGCUUCAGCAAGUGGUGUUUCUGCUCUCCGAAAAGGAGAUAAAGAUAAGAAAUUUUUCUAUAGUCAUCCAAAACUAAAGAAAUUAGAAGAAGUUAUAGUUGAACACUUCAAGUCAUGGAAUGAUCAAAACACCUCUGAAAAGAAAUGUGAUGAGACCAGAGUUAUGAUCUUCUCAUCAUUUCGAGAUAGUGUUCAAGAAAUUGCAGAAAUGCUUUUUCAACAUCAGCCAGUAAUUAAAGUAAUGACUUUUGUUGGCCAUUCCUCAGGGAAAACCAUGAAGGGUUUUACCCACAAGGAGCAAGUAGAGGUAGUGAAACGGUUUCGUGAUGGUGGUUACAACACAUUGGUUUCUACCUGUGUUGGUGAAGAAGGCUUGGAUAUAGGGGAAGUUGAUCUUAUAAUAUGUUUUGAUGCCCAGAAAAGCCCAGUUCGUCUUGUACAACGAAUGGGUAGAACCGGCCGCAAACGUCAAGGCAGGAUUGUUGUUAUCCUAGCUGAAGGACGAGAAGAACGUACUUAUAAUCAAAGUCAGUCCAACAAAAGAAGUAUUUAUAAAGCUAUUUCAGGUAACAGGCAGGUCCUUCAUUUUUACCAAGGAAGUCCACGAAUGGUUCCUGAUGGAAUCACUCCAGAAUUACACAAAAUGUUCAUCACACAUGGCGUCUAUGAACCAGAGAAGCCUUCUCGGAGCUUGCAGCGAAUGAGGCAGAGUCACUCAAAGAAAGAUUGGUCCUUAUCAGAAGAAGAAUUUAGAUUAUGGAACAGACUUUAUAGGUUAAGAGACAGUGAUGAAAUUAAGGAGAUAACAUUGCCUCAAGUUCAUUUUCCAUCUUUACAAAAUGAGGAACUCAGAUCAACUCAAGAACCAAACAUUGGAAUUCAUCAACUCUCUCUCUCUGAAUGGAGAGUGUGGCAAGAUCAUCCUCUUCCUACCCAUCAAGUUGACCAUUCAGGUCGAUGCCACCAUUUUAUAAGUAUUAUGCAAAUGAUAGAAGGAAUGCGACAUGAAGAGGAAGAAUGCAGCUAUGAACUGGAAAUUAAAUCUUACUUACAAAUGGAAGAUGUUAGCUCAACAUUUAGUGUUCCCAGGAAUGAAUGUAAUCCUCUUGCUGAUGACACCUUUACUAAUUACAAGAAAUCUUCAUUUACAAAGGCUCUAAAUCAAGGCAGUUCAUCCUUAGUGACUGAAUAUGAUGAAGAAUGUGCUGAAAUUUUUAAACUAUCUCAUAUCAAACCCACUAAAAUUGUUUCUCUAAAGAACAAAGCUUCUAAAGAAAUGAUAAAAGGUCAGCAUAAAAAAGAAAAUGAUGGUGCUAUGGAUUCUUUUGCUACCAAAGCAAAUUCUAGUGAAAACACUUUUCAGGUAGACCUACCAGGUGAUAAAAUGGCAUCAGAUACAGAUCAAGUUGCUGCCACAUGUACUACCAAUGAAAACGUUGUUAAUCAGCCAUGUGUAAUAGUAACCGAGUGUAAGGUUACAAAUAAAUCUUCUAGUUCAUUUGCUGGAAAUUUUUCAGAUUCUGGCUAUAACAGUUUCAAUGAUGAAAAAUCAGUUUCAUCUAGCUUGUUUCUUCCAUUUGAAGAUGAACUUUCUUUAGCUAGAACAGAUGAUCAAUUUUAUAAUUGUCACUCAUUGACAAAAGAGGUACUAGCUAAUGUAGAGCAAUUUUUAUCUCAUUCUCCUCCGCCCCUCAGUGGACUCUCAGAUUUGGAAUAUGAAAUCACAAAGGGUUCUAUACUUGAAAAAUCACUUUUCCUACCCUACACAGAGCAUUUACAAAAUGAUAAGUCCACCUGUUUGAUAUCACCAUCAGCUGUAAAUUCUCAAUGGAAUUUAGAACUGAAUUCACUAAACUUACCCUCUUCUAAUAAUAAUCACCUUUCUGCAAUAAGUUGCCCUUAUGAUGCAAGUAAUGAUAAAAUUUGUAAUGAGUCAACCAGCUGUGACUACAAUGUUGAAGUACAUAAAGAUAUUCAAGAUGAAAACUUAGUACCUAACAAUCAUGUUCAAAUAAACACUGGUCCUUCAACGUAUUUAGUUAAAGAACAGAAUCAUGGUAUUGAUAACAGUGGCAUCCCAGUAUUGUCCACUGAUCAGGAUGAGAGCAUACUAUUGUUUGAAGAUGUUAAUACAGAAUUUAAUGAUGUGAGGCUUUCUCCCUUUAACAGUAAAUGCAAACCUUUAUGUGUGUCAGACAAAACUGCUGUAAGUGAAAUGGCAGUAAUCUCUCAGUUCUUCAUUUCUGAUGAACUUUUGUUAGACAAUAAUUCUGAACACCGAGAUCAAAUCAUCUGUGAUACUAAUAACAGGAAACGUCAUGAAGGUUUGAGAGAUGUACAUGAGGAAAAACCGAAGAAUGAUGAAUACACUUUCGACUGCUCUAAGGAUUUAUUCUCUGUUACCUUUGAUUUAGGAUUUUGUAGUCAAGAUUCUGAUGAUGAAAUAUUAGAACAUUCAUCAGAUAAAAAUAACAAUAGACUUCUAAAUGAUCUAUCUGGAAAGUAUUUAGAUACUAAGGAGAUAAGUGAUGCAAACUGUGUUUCAAAUCAGGCAUUAAUACCAGGAGAUCAUGUUGAAAGUUUUAUGAGUAGAACCAUUACUGUCCAAUCAAGUAAAGAUAAGCAGAGUCCAAAUCUUGCACUUUUUCCACUGGGUGCAGCAAAAAAUAAAGAAUUUGUAUCUCCUGGUUAUUCUCAGUUUUCUUUACCAGUAGGGAAAAAAGCUAUGAGUACACCACUUUCUAAAUCAAAUGCAUUGAACUCAUUUUCUAAGAUGAGAGAGGAAAUGUCUAAGACAUCAGGUUCUAACAAAAAAAAAGUAAAACUACAAAGUUUCAAAGAAAGAUUGAAUUCAACCUUUGAUUCAGGACUAUCUCCAGUAAAGGUGAAGAGCAGUGAACAAAUCAAUCUGCAUCCAUCCUGUCAUUAUUCUGUUGAAGAAGAACAAUUAUUAACAAGUAAUGAGAGUGAAGAUGAUGAAAUUUUCCAAAGAAAAAGUAAGAAAACCAAAAGAAAUGUUUUAAAAUCCCCUGAGGAUCAAAAAAAUAGUGAAGUUGAUUCUCCACUUCAUGCUGUCAAAAAGCGCAGAGUUCCUCUAAACAGAUUGGAAUUAUCAUCUAGUGAUGAGAGUGAGAAUUUUCCCGAACUACAUCCACAUUUAGAAGACUUCAAGGGUUGUAACAAGAAUCCCAAAAGAGGUGUCAAAGUCCAAAAAAGACAUAGCCACCUAAAGCAUGUAGGUAGGCAGUUUUUAGAUGAUGAAGCAGAACUUUCUCAAGAAGAUGCAGAAUGUGCUUCAUCAGAUGAAGAUGAUGAGUCAGAAGAUGAACAAGAUUCCUCAUUACUCGACUUCUUAAACGAUGAGACUCAACUUUCACAGGCUAUUAAUGAUUCUGAAAUGAGAGCUGUUUAUGUGAAAUCUUUACGCAGUCCGUUGGUGAGCAAUCAGUACAGAAUGGUCCAUAAGAAACAUAACAACAUAAACAUUUUCUCACAGAUUCCUGAGCAAGAUGAAACCUAUUUGGAGGAUAGUUUUUGUGUUGAUGAAGAGGAGUCUUGCAAAAGCCAAUCAAGUGAAGAAGAAGUGUGUGUUGAUUUUAACUUAAUAACUGAAGAUUGCUUUGCAAGUGGCAGUAAAAAAUAUAAAACCCGGCGUGCAGUAAUGCUAAAACAAAUGAAGAUCCGACAAAAUUGUGCACCUUCUAAAAAGAAAUUUUCCAGAAUUGUUUUACCAAAUGACUCAAGUGAGGAGGAAAAUAGUGUAAAUGACAAAAGAGAUUCCAAUAUUGUCGUUAACCCAACCACUGUUAAUAAGAAUGAACAACAGGGCCAUUGUUUGAAUUUAGCACCUUCUGGGUCAUUAUUGCAGUCCAAGAUCUAUUCUAAUCCUGUUGUUAAUCAGUCACCCAAGCAGAGACAACAGACACCACUUAAUCUAAAGGAUACAGUUUCUGAAGUCUUGGACUUCAAACCUCAGAGCCAUAAUAAAAUCGGAUCUACUUCACCUUCUUUCACCGCUGUUGAUUCACAGAAAGAUUGUGGAAAAUUUCUAGUUCAGCUCAAGGUUGGUAGCACUCUGGAGGAUUCUAGCACUUCAGUGGCGUAUUGUUCCGAUUCAAGACCGCAUUUGACUGGGAUACAUACUUCUCUUAGACUUCCACAGGAAGGAAAAAGAACCCGUAUUCUUGUAGAUAGUCGUGAAAUCACUUCAGGUGCAGAAGUAAUUUCUUCCCUAAGAGCAAUUCAUGGCUUAGAAGUAGAGGUUUGUCCUCUUAAUGGUUGUGAUUACAUAGUGAGUAAUCGCAUGGUGGUGGAAAGGAGGUCUCAAUCUGAGAUGUUAAAUAGUAUCAAUAAGAACAAGCUCAUUGAGCAGAUUCAGCACCUGCAGAGCAUGUUUGAAAGAAUAUGUAUGAUUGUGGAAAAGGACAGAGAAAAAACAGGAGACACCUUGAAGAUGUUUAGGAGAACAAAGAGCUAUGACAGCCUGCUGACUGCCUUAAUUAGUGCUGGAAUCCGAAUUCUUUUCAGUUCCUGCCAAGAAGAAACCGCAGAUUUGCUAAAGGAACUGUCUUUAGUGGAACAAAGAAAGAAUGUUGGUAUUCAUGUUCCAACAGUAGUGAACGGUAGUAAAUGGAAUGCACUUCAGUUUUAUCUAAGUAUUCCCAAUAUAAGUUAUAUAACUGCGUUAAAUAUGUGCCACCAGUUUUCAUCUGUGAAAAAAAUGGCUAACAGCUCACCUCAAGAAAUUUCCAUGUGUGCACAAGUGACUCAUCAAAAGGCUGAGGAAAUCUAUGGCUAUAUUCACUAUGUAUUUGACAUGCAAAUGUUACCAGACAGUCUUAACCAAUGCAGACUGAAGCCUGAUGCAUGAUCACACUGCUCAAGACG